AGCGUGUGGUGGAGUCUCGGUCUCUGAGCUCGGAGCCUCGACCUAGGGGGGGGGGAACCUGUUGACCGUGAAGACCCUACACAGAUCGCUGCCAGUGACCACCAUGAGGGGCUUGGUCGCCGCUGCCCUGCUCCUGCUGCUGGUCGUCAUUUGCUGCAUUGAUGUGGAAGCUUAUAAAUGUAAGUGCAACCGGAAAAGUCCGAAGAUCAGCUACAAGGAUGUCAGGAAAGUGGAGACUAAACCGCGUUACCCCUACUGCAAGGAAAAGAUGAUCUAUGUCACCAUGAAGAAAGGAGCUCGAUUCAAGGGUCGCCAGUACUGUUUACAUCCCAAACUUCCGACCACCAGGCAUCUGCUCAAACGGUAUGAAACCUGGAGGGAAGAUCUUCGGGUUUAUGUGGAGUAAAUCCCUCUCCUUUUCCUAAUUUCACUACGAAAGUCUGAUGAAAGGAUCUCCGUCUCCAGCACAAUUGAGCCCUUCUCUCUCUCACACACACACACACACACACAGGUCAGUCAUAGCAGCCGGCUCACAUUGACAAGCAGUUUGCGAACUGUUGUCUGCUCCGUGCUCCAAUCUCCAGACUCUUUUCGUCUCUGAGUGUGUGGGUACAAAUACACGACUAAAAGCAAACGACUUUCUUCAUUAAAUAUGACUUAACUUUGGAUUCCAUUGCCCGAUUUAUUGUAAUAUUUAAUGGCCCACUUGCGACUUUAAACGGUUGGACUAAUUCCAUUUUAUUUGAAUACCAAGAGCUCGUCUUAAGGGGACUGUCCUGUUGUAGCGAAGAAAAUCAUUUAAGAAAACACUAUAUUCUGCUUUUGUCUCUUGGGGGGUGGGUGGGGUUGGGGUGAAAUCAGUAAUCGCAGUUGGAGGCAAUAUUAAAGAUAAUGGGUUAGGCCCAUAGAAAGCGGUGCAGUUAUAGCUGCGCUUUCAUAUAUCUGUAUUGCUGUCAAGUUGUAUUCAUAAUCGCAAUUUACAGUGUACUGUCUGUAAGUAUAGCAGCGUUGACACUUUGUGGCUCGAAUGAAAUUCAAAGUAUUUUCAAAUAAAAUUUAAGAAACUGCAGACAAGUUUUACACUCUAAGAAAACUGCAAGUGAUUAGGGUUUCUAGUCAUUUUGUAUUUACUGUGCUGAGAAUGCACGAGUUGUAAUAAACGUGUUCCUGUUUAAAAUUAA